UGGAGCGGGGAGGCGCGAGCCAAUCCAGUGAGGGAAAGAGGAGUAUUCAUUUAGGAAAGGGGAGCGCAGCCAGAGCUGAGUGCGCUGGAGGAGCGAAGGCUGAGAGGCAAGGAGGAGCGACUCUACCUUGAACACGGGGAAAGACAAUGAAGCAAUAGAGAUGCUUCCCUUUGUGAUCAUCACCCUGGGCUCUGCAGGGACUACUUGCAGGUCCUCCAGCUGCAACAACAGCAGCACCAAGGAUUACUGCUACAGUGCCCGCAUCCGCAGUACUGUACUGCAGGGCUUGCCCUUCGGAGGGGUGCCCACUGUCCUCGCCCUCGAUUUCAUGUGCUUUCUUGCACUGCUGUUUGUUUUUUCCAUUUUGCGUAAAGUGGCCUGGGAUUAUGGACGCCUGGCACUGGUAACUGAUGCUGACAGGCAACGGCGCUGGCAACAGGAGCAAGAGGAAAGGGAAUAUGUUGCAUCUGCUCUACACUCUGAUAGCCAUGAUCGCUAUGAACGCCUCACUUCUGUCUCCAGCUCUGUGGACUUCGACCAAAGAGACAAUGGCUUUUGUUCCUGGUUGACAGCAAUCUUCAGGAUAAAGGAUGAUGAAAUCAGGGAUAAGUGUGGGGCAGACGCAGUCCAUUACCUCUCCUUCCAGCGGCACAUCAUUGGACUGCUAGUUGCUAUAGGUGUCCUGUCUGUUGGAAUUGUCUUGCCAGUGAAUUUCUCAGGGGAUCUUCUUGAAAAUAACCCCUACAGUUUUGGUAGAACAACUAUUGCUAACUUGAAUUCGGGGAAUAACCUCUUAUGGCUGCACACAUCUUUUGCCUUCUUGUACUUGCUGCUGACUGUGUAUAGCAUGCGUCGCCACACCUCAAAGAUGCGCUAUAAGGAGGAUGACUUGGUGAAGCGGACUCUCUUCAUAAAUGGCAUCUCGAAAUAUGCUGAACCCGAAAAGAUCAAAAAACAUUUUGAGGAGGCUUAUGCAAAUUGCACGGUGCUGGAGGCACGGCCAUGCUAUGAUGUGGCCCGGCUGAUGUUCCUUGAUGCAGAAAGAAAAAAGGCAGAACGUGGAAAAAUCUACUUUACCAAUUUGCAGACCAAGGAGAAUACCCCCUCAAUGAUCAACCCCAAGCCCUGUGGCCAUCUCUGCUGUUGUGCUAUCAAAGGCUGUGAAGAGGUGGAAGCCAUUGAGUACUACACCAGACUGGAGGAGAAGCUGAAAGAGGACUACAAGAAGGAAAAGGAAAAAGUCAAUGAGAAGCCACUGGGCAUGGCGUUUGUGACUUUCCAUAAUGAGGCCAUAACAGCUAUAAUCCUUAAAGACUUCAAUGCCUGCAAGUGCCAGGGCUGCAAGUGUCGUGGGGAGCCCAGGAGUUCUUCAUGCAGCGAGUCUCUCCACAUUUCCAAUUGGACAGUCUCCUAUGCUCCUGACCCUCAAAACAUCUACUGGGAGCAUCUCUCCAUACGUGGCUUCUUCUGGUGGUUCCGCUGCCUGAUCAUCAAUGUGGUGCUCUUCAUCUUGCUGUUCUUUCUUACCACUCCUGCCAUUAUCAUCACUACUAUGGACAAGUUCAAUGUCACUAAGCCUGUUGAAUACCUGAAUAACCCUAUCAUCACCCAGUUCUUUCCUACUCUGUUACUGUGGUGCUUCUCUGCUUUGCUUCCUACAAUUGUAUAUUAUUCAGCAUUCUUUGAAGCCCAUUGGACCAGGUCUGGAGAAAACAGGACAACCAUGCACAAGUGUUACACUUUCCUCAUCUUCAUGGUCCUGUUGCUGCCAUCACUGGGCCUGAGCAGUCUGGAUGUGUUUUUCCGCUGGCUGUUUGAUAAAAAGUUCCUGGCUGAAGCUACCGUAAGAUUUGAGUGUGUUUUCUUACCAGACAAUGGGGCCUUUUUUGUGAACUAUGUCAUAGCUUCUGCAUUCAUUGGAAAUGCCAUGGACUUGCUGCGCAUCCCUGGCUUGCUUAUGUAUAUGAUUCGGCUUUGUCUUGCCCGCUCAGCUGCUGAACGCAGGAAUGUCAAAAGGCAUCAAGCUUAUGAAUUCCAAUUUGGGGCUGCUUAUGCCUGGAUGAUGUGUGUCUUCACUGUGGUAAUGACUUACAGCAUCACAUGCCCCAUCAUUGUUCCCUUUGGUCUGAUGUAUAUGUUACUGAAGCACCUGGUGGACAGGUACAACCUCUAUUAUGCUUAUCUACCUGCCAAAUUGGAUAAGAAGAUCCAUUCAGGGGCUGUGAAUCAGGUGGUGGCAGCACCCAUUCUAUGCCUCUUUUGGCUCCUUUUCUUCUCUACUGUGCGCACAGGAUUCCUGGCUCUCACGUCCAUGUUUACUUUUGUGGUUCUUGUCAUCACCAUUGUGAUCUGCCUAUGUCACGUCUGCUUUGGACACUUCAAAUACCUCAGUGCUCACAAUUAUAAGAUUGACCACACAGAGGCAGAUGUCGUGGAUGGAAGAGAGAACGGGCGGCCUGCUGCCAGUCAACCUCCAGCCCCUAAAUCAGCUAAGUACAUUGCCCAGGUGCUACAGGAUUCUCCACCAGAUGGUGACGUGGCUGAGUCUGAAGAACAGGGGUCCCAGGAUGAGGAGCUCAUCAAUCCCAAUGGCAUUAAUGAUACAGAUUUCCAGUCGUGUGAGGACAGCCUGAUAGAAAAUGAAAUCCACCAUUAGGGAUUGUGGGAAAGCACGAGGGGGCAGGGGAGUCCUGAGAGUUGACAAGGCUGAUGUGCACUGUAUGUAUAUGUAUGUUUGAAUGAGCAAUAGAGGUCAAGACCAAGGAAGGGGAAGAAGAGCAGCACAUGCUCAGCACCAACCAUCACCAGCUCCCACUCACUUGGCUGUUGCAUUAGUGCUCAUUCCAGGGUGGGGCAAAACUAUUGGACCUCCAUUCUUGUCUUUCCUAUCAUUCUCCCUCCUCCUCCUCUUCCUUCCCACCCCCAGGGUAGGAGCAGGAAGUCUCUGAUAAGCUACUUGCCAUCCCCACUUUCUGAAGCCCCACAAGUCCAAGAUGGAGUCAAAGGAAUGACUUUGCUGCUUCACGCUGCCAAGGAGAGGAACUGAAGCAAGGACGUCAGAAGCCUGGGUGUUUUCUAAUGGCAAGAACCUAUUCGGGCAGGAAGCCUAUCCUGCCCUGGACCACUACCCUUCUCUAGAGUCACAGACACUAAUAAUGUAUUAGGUUCCCAUGAGGACUGAGCUUUAAUCAAGGUACUGAAUUUCUAAGCUAAGAAUAUGGGUGGCUUUGAACCUGGCAGGAAUCAGUGGUUCCAGCCAAGCAGAGCUGUUUUUAAUUGUGUAUAAAUUUCCUACUUGCUUGUGCAUCAGCAAGCAUCUUAUCUCAGGUGGCCAAGAUGCAACCCUAUGAUAACCUUGGUCUUGGUCACUUGGACUCUCCAAGGCUGGCUGUAAAUAAGCUGUCAAGAGCAAGAGGGAUUGAAUGGAAGAGGUCACCUGCUGCCAUGAACACUACCCAAUGAAGGCCACAACUGGAGAGUGCUGCGUAACAGCAGGUGUCAGUGAACAACUGCUAGGAACCCUGUAGCUCUAGUGGAAAAGUGCCUGUUUCAGGGUGAGAAGAGGUUCAGGAGAUAUGCCAGGAGAGGGUUCAGCAGGAUGAGCAGCCCCUCCAGAUCUCUCUCUCCACUGUUUUCACCCUGAAUGUGGAACGAGGCACAGUGAUUUGGGAUCUGCAACAACUUGGCAAUGAAUUUUACCUUCAAGACUGACUAAAACCCUGGUCUCUUGUCCUGCCUAAUUUCCCAGGAGGGAGAAGAAGAGAAGGGUUGGUUUUCUAAAUUUGUAACCGGGAAAGGUUUCCCAGCUCAUCCAUUUGCACCUCGGAGCCUUGCAUGAGGCUGACUGUGUAUUCCAUAAGAGGAGGCAGCUCAGCUGCUUUACUGAUCCCACUGCCUUGCAUGGAACUCUAAGGAACUGCCUUAUGCCUCAAAGGUUUCCCAUUUCUUGACCUGCUUCCCAGGUGGGAUUCAGCUAUUACUGGGGCCUUUCCUUCAAAAGUGGUCUUUCUGGGGGCACUUUAAAUAAAUCCAUUUAGAAUAGAGAUGAGGCAAAGGGAGAACAAUUUUGGCAUAGAAGACCCUGCUUUUUCAGAUGGAUUUUAGGGGGAGGCACAUAAACUAUUGUUUUCCCUUUUCACCUCUGGACCUUCUGGGCUUCUGCCUGACAUACUGGCUAAGGUAAACCAACUCUCUUGAGCUGAAUCCCUUUUCUGGAUGGGACCUAGACAGAAGGACCUACUUUGCUGCUAAGCUGUCUUAAUGUUUUGCCUUCUUUCCUCUGCACAACUCUGCCCUCUGCCUGCCAGAAUCAGUACUUGAGCAAUGCUACCAGUGUUACACAAAGGCAGAGGCCCUAUCCAUCUCUCCAACAGAGGUGGGUGUAAAUUAACUCCCUUUGCUCUUCCAGCCAGGGGGCUUGAGCUUUUUAGGGAGAUGAAUUGGCCAGGUGGGAGCAGGAGUAUGGAGAUUUGCCAGACGGUAAAUCAGGGUAUUCAAGCGCAAGUACUGAAGAUCAGGCUUAGUCAAGACUGUGUAAGUUGCUGAUGGUCAAAAAUCCAGCUAAGAAGCCCUUUGCUUCGAGCCUCUUGAAUGGGAGAAAGCUGGACUUCCCAUUUCCCUUAUAGGCGGAGAGGAGAGAUGAACAUUUGAGGAGCCCACUUCACCCCUUGGAAGCUGGGCCACGGCUCGUGGUGGGGUUUCUUUUCUGGAGCUAUCCUAGAUGUUGGUAGGGAGGGGUAGAGAAGCCUGAGCACCUCUCAUUCUUCCCCUGCUGUCGUGGCCACCGUGCGCAACAGCCACUCUGCUGCUGAAAUUGCACGUGGGAUUUUAUUUUAACUGUUUGUUCCAGGAUGUUUCUUCAAUGCUGUCUAGAAAUAGUACGUGUUCCAUGCCAGAGUUUCCUGUCCUGGUCCCUUGGCAUCAUAUUCCUAAAAGCCCAGUCACCAAGGCUGUAUCUGCAUCAGCCCCACUGCUUCCAUUUGGGAACGUGGCGAGGGAUCUGACGUCUGUGUAGAUACAGCUACGGUGCAGGGCUGGCUUGUGCCCGUGGGGACUGGAUGCGUUGGGUGCAGAUCAUUGGUAUCCCCCUCCUGCAGGGAGCUCUGUUCUAACUGGCACUUUGUCUGUGUAGAGAUGUGUAUAAAUACCCUGUACAUAUUUGUGUAAAAAAGGAGAAAAAAGAGGAACUUACCAUA